GACGUUUGAAGAGGUAGCCAAUCAUCGCCGUCUGUGUUUAGAGGCGGGGCGAGCUGCUUUGUUCACUUCAUGCUGUUCAAUAAAGUUUAUCUAGCUCGACACAGACAUGGGAGCUGUUACAGAUGAUGAAGUUAUUCGGAAACGUCUCCUUAUUGACGGGGACGGAGCUGGAGAUGACCGCCGAAUCAACGUGCUGCUUAAGAGUGUCACCAAAUGGUGCAACUCGACUGGGACCCCAGAGGAAGGGUUCACACAGUAUCAAAGGAUGAUGGGCACAUUGUCUCAGUGUGAAUUCUCCAUGGGGAAGACGUUGAUGGUUUAUGACAUGAAUCUGCGUGAAAUGGAGAAUUAUGAGAAAAUCUACACUAACAUAGAACAAAGCAUCACGUCUGCACACGAGAAGAUAGCAGAAUGCAAAAAAGAAAUUCAGCGAGCAAAAAGAAUACGGAAGAAUCGGCAAGAGUACGAUGCUUUAGCUAAGGUUAUCCAGCAGCACCCAGACCGACAUGAAACGCUAAAGCAAUUGGAGGCGCUUGACAAAGAACUCCAGUUACUGUCUCGCACCAAGGAGAAUGUAGAUGCAAAGUUGGAAUUAAGAAAGAAGCAGUUCCAUGUGCUACUCAGCACCAUACAGGAACUACAGCAGACACUCGAGAAUGAUGAGAAAUCAGACAAUGAUGACAUCAAUCAAGAGAGCCCUGCAGGGAAUGGGGAAUGAAUUUGAAGAUAUCCUGACUGAAAUGAAUAGAAGUGAACUGCUUUUAAAUGAUUUUGUUUUUGCUUAAAAUACUUUUUUGUAUGUAUUUUUGAAUAAAUUUGAGUAGUGCA